AUGACAUCAUCAGUUGAAGGAACUAUUCACCAUGAAACUACUCUUAUUUUAAAGCUUCUCUUACCGAAGACUUCACAACGAAAGUUUAAUCUACAAGAUAAGCAACUUGUCAAAUAUUUCUCCGAAAUUUUCAAUGAGGACAAAGAUGACAUGAUGAAGGACUUGGAGAAAGGUGAUAUCGCUAUGACCCUCCACAAGUUCUUCCAAAUGAGUUCGGAAUUGAAGCCGCAAAAAAUUAGUAAAGUUUCCUUAAAACAAGUCGACAAGUGGCUUGAUGAUCUCUCUCUAGCGAGUGGCGAUGAUGCUCGAAUUGCAGUUUUAACUAAGUGCACAAAACAGUUUACGGCCAGUGACUUUCUUGUCUUCAUUCGUCUCAUUAAGAAGGAUUUGCGUAUAAACGCUGGAUCGAAACAAGUGUAUGUGCUUUAUUUGAAACUGGAUGCACUGAAUCCCCAGGCAUAUGCAGCCUUCCAAGCCUCCCAUGAUCUCGAAGCGGUGGUUGAAAAGUCGAGAAAAUCCGACACGGGAAAGUUGAAAUUAGUUCGAAAGAACCUCUCAGUGUCCAUCAAGCUAAUGACCCCUGUGAAACCUAUGCUUGCAGAACCAGGUCGUUCUGCAGAUGUUGUCAUCGCUAAGGCGGCUUCUUCGGGUGGUGUUCUAGUGGAGAUAAAAUACGACGGCGAGCGUGUUCAGGUUCACAAACAGGGAAACAAGUUUGUCUACUAUUCCCGCAGUCUCAAACCAGUUCAAUCUCAUAAGGUGGAGCACCUGAAGGAGUUUAUUCCAAAGGCAUUUCCAGGUGCCAGUGAUUUGAUUCUUGACUCAGAGGUCCUUAUGUUUGACACGAAAACUCAGAAGCCCUUGCCUUUUGGCACUUUAGGUGUUCAUAAGCGAAAUGCCUUCAAAGACGCAGUUGUCUGUCUCUUCGUGUUCGACUGUCUUUACAUCAAUGGCAAAAGCCUUCUUCUAGAACCGAUCAAGAAAAGACGCGAAAUUUUGGAGCAGAAUAUGACCGUGGUGCCCAAUCGCGUGUUCCUCUCUGAAAAACACGAAGUCAACACCAAGAAGGACUUGAAUGAGCUGAUGGCUCGUGUCUUCUCCGAGGGACUGGAAGGUCUCGUCAUUAAACCAAACGACGGCAUCUAUGAGCCUGGAAAGCGCCAUUGGAUUAAAAUUAAAAAGGACUACCUUGGAGAGGGCGCAAUGGCCGACUCAGCUGACCUCAUUGUUCUCGGAGCCUACUUUGGCACCGGAAAGAAGGGGGGCUUGGCUUCGGUCUUCCUAAUGGGCGCAUUCGAUCCUCAAACGAAUCAAUUCUGCACGGUGACGAAAGUUGGCAACGGUCUUGACGACAAAACUCUGCUCAAACUGCAGAAGCAAAUCAAAAUGAUCAAGAUCUCCAAGGACUAUUCCAAAGUACCGAAGUGGUUAAAUGUCUCCCGCAGCAUGGUGCCUGAUUUCGUUGUAGUCGAUCCGAAGAAAUCGAUGAUUUGGGAGAUCACGGGAGCUGAGUUUUCCCGUGCUGGAGCCCACACCGCAGGAGCAGGUGGGGGACUGGAGGGCAUCUCUAUUCGGUUCCCUCGAGUGACCCGUCUGAUCUCUGACAGAACGUGGCGUGAGGCUACUGAUGUGCCAAGGCUAGAGUCCCUAUUCGCCUCCUCUCAAGACCAAUCGGACUGGAGCAAGCGGCUAGAAGCGAUCUCCAUGCCUUCCAAUCAGCUGGCUUCGAGAGAUGAGCUGAAACGCGCUUUCAAAGAAAUUGAGAACAAGAACACUGAUGACGAGGAUGCCGUCAAUGACAACGUGAAGUUCCCGAAGAAACCUCGCUUGAUGCGUAUUCGCGACACAAUGGGAUUUCGAUACCUACGGGAACUGUUCGAUGGAUUUGUAAUUGAUGUACCAAAGUCACUUGUCGACGACCCAUCCUUCGACAACCUUCAUCGCCGUCUUGUCGCAUGUGGGGCUAAGGUCAUUGGUGACGGUCUUCUUACCUCUAAUCUGUCUGCCACACAUAUUGUCGAUUGGCCUGUUUCUUCCAAUGCUAAGUCUGUCUCGGACGAUCUAGAACAUAUUACAGUUGAAUGGUUGGAGCAAUCAAUAAAGGAGAAUAAAUUGCAACCUCUGCCCACGAAGCAAUCUUGA